GAGAAUCUGUAUAUUUCCAAUCUAUGUAAGAAAACUGUACAUAUUUCUCCCCGCCACUAAACCUUCCCGCCCAUACGGCGCCGCCACCACCCCUCUCCUCCGCCGUCACUGACAUUGAUAAUGGUACAGUUCCACGAGCACAUAAUUAGCGACCUCCUGGAGGACCCUAGCGGCGGCAUCGUCGUCCUCUCUGCCGGCCUCGGCCUCCCCAAGCUCAUAUCCUCACUACUUCGCCUCCACGAUCCUUCCCAGGGUUCAGUCCUCAUCCUCAACGCCUCUCUGGCCCAGAAGAAUUCCAUCGACAUCGAUUCUCAGUUCUCUUCCAUCACCGCGGACCUUCUUCUGCACAAUCGCCUCUCCCUCUACACUUCCGGGGGAAUAUUUUUCAUCACUGCUCGGAUCCUGAUAGUGGAUUUGCUCACUCAACGCCUCCCCACGACCUCCGUCGCCGGAAUUAUCCUUCUUAAUGCCCAUUCUCUUUCGGAUACUUCAACCGAGGCUUUUAUUGUCCGGAUUUUGCGGUCUUCAAACCGUUCUCUCUAUGUUCGUGCCUUUUCUGACCGCCCCCACGCGAUGGUAUCUGGCUUUGCUAAAGCGGAACGGACCCUCAAGUGCCUUUUCCUCCGGAAACUCCAUCUCUGGCCUAGAUUUCAGGUGUAUGUGUCCCAGGAUUUGGAAAGAGACCCCCCUGAGGUUAUAGACAUUAGGGUCCCGAUGUCAACUUACAUGAUUGGGAUUCAGAAAGCAGUGAUCGAGGUGAUGGAUGCAUGUCUGAAAGAGAUGAGGAAGACCAACAAGGUAGAUGUGGAGGAUUUGACCGUGGAGAAUGGUUUGUUCAAGUCAUUUGAUGAGAUUGUGAGGAGGCAAUUGGAUCCCAUAUGGCAUACAUUAGGGAAGAGGACAAAGCAGCUUGUUUCAGAUUUGAAGACAUUGCGCAAGUUGUUGGAUUAUCUUGCCAGGUACGAUGCAGUGACUUACCUGAAGUAUCUGGACUCGCUUAGAGCCUCUGAGAGUUUUCGAUCUGUUUGGAUCUUUGCUGAGUCUAGUUACAAGAUUUUUGAGUAUGCAAAGAAGCGGGUUUAUCAUUUUAGUAGGUCGGAUAGUGGGAAGUCAAUUGGAUUGUGUACGACUGCAUCCAUUAAGAAGAGAAAACUAUGUGAAAGGAACAAAGAUGAAGAUGAUUCUUCAGAAAGGGCAAACAGUGGGGUAGUUCUGGAGGAAAUCUUGGAGGAACCACCAAAGUGGAAGGUGUUGCGUGAGAUUCUUGUAGAGAUAGAAGAGGAAAGACAGAAGCAAGCAAUGGCUGGUGAAGAACUAGUAGUUGGAGAUGAAGGGGAUCAACAUGGGAUUAUUCUUGUUGCAUGUAAGGAUGAACGAUCUUGCAUGCAGCUUCAAGAUUGCAUUACCAAAGGCCAGGAUAAGGUCAUGAGAGAGGAAUGGGAAAAGUAUUUGCUAAGUAAAGUGGAGCUGCAGGCUUUGCCAAAAUAUAAGAAAAAGAAACCAAAAGCAACUAAAGGUUUUGGAAUUCUUGAUGGAGUAAUUCCCUCUGUUUCUGGACAAAAAGCUGAACUUAGUAGCAUAAGCCAGCAAGAAAAUGAUGCACUGCUCGCUGCAGCAUAUGAAGUAAGUAAACAAGCAAAAAGGGAUACUGAUGUCAAAGAUGGUGGGACCAGUGAAGAUCAUGGUAAAGUAAGGAAAAGUGAAAGAAUGAAGAAAAAGACAAUCAUUGGUAAAAUUGAUCCCCAAUCUGAAACUAGUAUUCAAUCUGAGGCUCUGUCUACAGAACAUGAAGACAAAAUACAUGACCAUAAUGUGUCAAGUCCUGGUCAUCUUCGUGGCAAUGCACCUGAACUCCAAAAGCAUGACCAAGGACCAGAAAUUACCAGCCAGCUCCCGUCCGUGCAUUUCCAUGCCCUGGAGAGUAAUCAGAGUAUACUUGAUGCUUUACAGCCAUCUGUCAUAAUUGUUUACCACCCUGAUGUGGCUUUUGUAAGAGAAAUUGAAGUUUACAAAUCUGAAAAUCCCUCCAAGAGAUUGAAAGUUUACUUUCUAUUCUAUGAAGAUUCUACUGAGGUUCGGAAAUUUGAGGCAAGUAUACGUAGAGAAAAUGGAGCAUUUGAGUCCCUGAUUAGGCAGAAAUCCUUGAUGAUGAUCCCAGUUAAUCAGGACGAGCAGCUUCUUAGUGUUAGUUCUUCACUAGAGCCACAAUCAAUCGCUGCCCAAAACUUGGUAACCAGAAAAGCUGGUGGAAAGAAGGAAGCAGAAAAGGAAAUGCAGAUUAUAGUGGACAUGAGGGAAUUUAUGAGCAGCCUCCCAAAUGUGCUCCACCAGAAAGGCAUGCGUAUCAUACCUGUGACGUUGGAAGUAGGAGACUAUAUACUAUCUCCGUUGAUGUGUGUUGAACGUAAGAGCAUUCAAGAUCUUUUUGGUAGUUUUUCAUCUGGUCGAUUAUAUCACCAGGUGGAGAUGAUGUCGCGCUAUUAUCGGAUACCUGUUCUCCUGAUCGAGUUUUCCCAAGAUAAAAGUUUUUCAUUUCAGUCUGCUAGUGAGAUUGGUGAUGAUGUCACUCCAAAUAACAUUAUAUCCAAGUUGUCGCUGCUUGCUCUCCAUUUUCCUCGACUGCGUAUUGUCUGGUCUCGUAGUUUGCAUGCUACGGCUGAAAUAUUUGCUACACUUAAAGCAAACCAGGAUGAACCAGAUGAGGCCAAGGCAAUUAGAGUUGGUGUCCCCUCAGAGGAUGGCGUUAUUGAAAAUGAUGUCAGAGCUGAAAAUUUCAAUACGUCAGCUGUUGAGUUCCUUAGACGGCUACCAGGUGUUACAGAUUCUAACUACAGGUCAAUCAUGGACGGGUGUAAAAGCUUGGCGGAACUUGCAUUACUCUCAAUGGAGAAGCUGGCAGAAUUGAUGGGUGGUCAGAAAGCUGCGAAAACCUUGAGGGAUUUUCUUGAUGCCAAGUAUCCAACAUUGCUUUAGAACUGAUUCGAGUUUAAAUGGCUAGUCAUGAAACUUCAUGUAAUGCUUCUCUAUGUUAAAUUUAUUAGAUGUCUUCUGUUGUUGAGGGUGAAUGGACACCUACGGGACCUUUCUCCCUGUGCUAUUAUCUAUAUUUAUUUCCUCAUUCAUUCUUUAUUGUAAUCUGACAUUGAUUCUUCAUU